UUGUAAGAAAGAAAUGGACAAAUUAAAAUAAAAUAAAGAUGAGAAGCAUGCACAGAAACAUCCACUAUUUUCCAAUUGAAGUUUGAUCAAUUCCCCUCAAUAACCAAACACAUCUUAAAAAAACUCGAACUUCAAACUCCAAUCAAUAUAUAAACCCCCAAACUCCAUCUCAUUUUUCUUCACCAAAUUAAGCAACCGAUAUCGACUAGACUGAUCAUCUAUAACAUUAAAUUCCUCAGACAUCAUAAUUAUCAAUGAUGGAUUCUGUGAAGUCCUUCAAAGGAUACGGGAAAGUAGAUCCCCUUGAAGAGCAAGCCUACCGAAGAAAAACCCGAAGAAGACUAAUCAUCCUGGCCGUCUCCCUGGUAUUAUUAAUAGCCCUGAUCGUUGGAGCGGUGGUCGGGACGGUGGCGCACAAGAAAUCAGGCAGCGGCGACAGUAAGUCAACAUCACCUUCCGGUACAUCGUCGGCGCAGUCGAUCAAGGCCAUGUGCAGCGUGACGGAGUAUCCAGAUUCCUGUUUCUCAAGUAUUUCGGCCAUGGAGGGAGCUAAUUCCACCACCGACCCAAAGAAACUCUUUCAGUUGUCAUUACAAGUUGUGAUGGAUUCCCUGGAGGAGUUGUCGGGUUUACCAGAAACCUGGAGUGAGAGCACAUCCGACCCGGAACUGAAGUCGGCAUUCAAUGUUUGCCAGGUGGUUUUCCAGGACGCAAUUGACUCCACCAAUGAUUCCAUAUCCUUAUUCACCCCUGAAUCUAAUUCUAAGGUGGAUCCACUGUCUCCGGUCGGAAUCCGCGACCUGAAAACCUGGCUCAGCACAACCCUGACGAACCUGGAUACUUGUAUAGACGCAAUUGUGGAACUCAACAACACCGACCCGACCAUACUGAAUGAGGUCAAAACCUCCAUGAGCAACUCCACUCAGUUUGCUAGCAACAGCUUGGCAAUUGCCGCCAAAUUCAUUGCCUUCCUCAACAAAUUCAUCCCGCCUCACCGGAGACUGCUUUCCGAAGUUGGUUCUUCCGGGUUCCCCAGUUGGGUCAAAGCUGCGGAUAGGAAGCUGCUCCAGGCUCCCGCCGGUGAAAACCCGAAAGCCGACGUGGUGGUCGCGUCGGACGGCAGCGGAGAUUACAAAACAAUCAAAGAAGCGUUGGGGAAGGUGCCCACGAAUAGUGACACCAGGUUCGUGAUAUAUGUCAAGGCUGGUGUUUACAGUGAAAAAGUGACGGUGGAGAAACAGAUGUGGAAUGUGUACAUGUAUGGAGAUGGCAAGAACAAGACCAUCGUCACCGGCUCUGCGAAUUUCGUCGACAAAACUCCUACCUUCCGCACUGCUACAUUCGCUGCAUUGGGGAAGGGGUUCAUAGCAAAGAACAUGGGCUUCCAAAACACUGCCGGAGCAGCGAAACACCAGGCGGUGGCGCUCCGAUCAAUCUCCGAUAAAUCCGUGUUUUACGAUUGCUGGUUCGACGCCUAUCAAGACACGCUUUACGCGCACACCAACCGUCAAUUCUACAGCAAUUGCGACAUCACCGGAACGGUGGACUUCAUCUUCGGGAACGCGGCGGUGAUCUUCCAGAGCUGCAACAUUAUGCCUAGGCAGCCAGAUCCCGGUCAAUUCGUAACCCUGACGGCUCAGGGGAAGAGCAACUCGGAACAGACCAGCGGGACCGUCAUCCAGAACUGCAACAUUUUCGCAUACCCGAAGGACAACGUUACCACCAAACUAUACCUGGGCAGACCCUGGAAGGACUACUCUACCACAAUCUUUGCACAGUCUAACCUCAACGCCCCCAUAGAUCCUCAGGGAUGGAGUCAAUGGAAUUCCAGUGUCAUCCCGCCGCCCACCAUUUUCUACGCCGAGUACCUGAAUAGAGGUAUAGGAUCCGAUGUGUCUAAGAGGGUUACCUGGGCUGGCUACAAGUCCAAUCUCACAGCUACCCAAUUGGUGGAGUUUGGGGUACCCAAGUUUUUGGACGGCCAAAGUUGGAUAGCAGCUGCACAAGUGACAUUUACAUAAUUCAUAAUCAAUCAACACCACUGGAUACUAGUAUUCAAGUUUCAGAUGAAACAAGGAAAAAAAGAAAACAAAAUUAGAGUAGACAAGAUUAAGAAGUCGGAAGAGUACCACCAAUUGAUCAAAUUGUUGUACAUAACCACUCCCUCCACUAUUUUGCCUUUGAUGAUGUUGCGGUUAUGGGAAAAAAAAUUGAUGCUUGUGUAUAACAUUCCGCAGGUUUGGGAUGCCAUUUGUGGGUUGGAUACUAGGGUUAGUUUGUGUCACUAUAUUCUCUUGAAGUAAUCAUACAAUGGCUAUGUUAUUUUGGCACACAUUCAUGAUUUAACUUCAUCGAUCACUGGUUUUAAUUUCUUGGUACACUUAAUUGGGAUGGGAUGCAUGCAAUUAAUGUCGAUCCGAUCCCCAAAAUGAAUCCCCGAAUGUUACACCUUCAAACUAAGUUUAUAAAAAACACAAAUUC